UGUUCAAGCCCAGAAAUGCCUUAUGUGGAUCGCCAGAAUCGCAUUUGUGGUUUUCUAGACAUUGAAGAAAAUGAAAACAGUGGGAAAUUUCUUCGAAGGUACUUCAUACUGGAUACCAGAGAAGAUAGUUUUGUAUGGUACAUGGAUAAUCCACAGAACCUGCCUUCUGGAUCAUCACGUGUUGGAGCCAUUAAACUUACCUACAUUUCAAAGGUUAGCGAUGCAACUAAGCUAAGGCCAAAGGCUGAGUUCUGUUUUGUUAUGAAUGCAGGAAUGAGGAAAUACUUCCUACAAGCCAAUGAUCAGCAGGACCUGGUGGAAUGGGUAAAUGUGUUGAACAAAGCUAUAAAAAUUACAGUACCAAAGCAGUCAGAUUCACAGCCUAAUUCUGAUAACCUAACUCGCCAGGGUGAAUGUGGGAAGAAGCAAGUAUCUUACAGAACUGAUAUUGUUGGUGGUGUACCAAUCAUUACUCCAACUCAGAAAGAAGAAGUAAACGAAUGUGGUGAAAGUAUUGACAGAAAUAAUUUGAAGCGAUCACAAAGCCAUCUUCCUUACUUUACUCCUAAACCACCUCCAGAUAGUGCAGUUAUCAAAGCUGGAUAUUGUGUAAAACAAGGCGCAGUGAUGAAAAACUGGAAGAGAAGAUAUUUUCAAUUGGAUGAAAAUACAAUAGGCUACUUCAAAUCUGAACUGGAAAAGGAACCUCUCCGUGUAAUACCACUUAAAGAGGUUCAUAAAGUCCAGGAAUGUAAGCAAAGUGACAUAAUGAUGAGAGACAAUCUCUUUGAAAUUGUAACAACAUCUCGAACUUUCUAUGUGCAGGCUGAUAGCCCUGAAGAGAUGCACAGCUGGAUUAAAGCGGUCUCUGGCGCUAUUGUAGCACAGCGGGGCCCCGGCAGAUCAACAUCUGCUGAGCAUUCCAACUGUCCUUCAGAAUCCAAACACACUUUCCGUCCUGCCAGUGCAGCAGCAGCCCCCUCACAUUCCACAGCCUCUCGCAGCAACUCUUUGGUCUCAAGCUUUACCAUGGAGAAGCGAGGAUUUUACGAAUCUCUUGCCAAGGUCAAGCCAGGGAACUUCAAGGUCCAGACUGUCUCUGCAAGAGAACCAGCUUCCAAAGUGACUGAACAAGCUCUGCUAAAACCUCAAAGUAAAAACGGCCCUCAGGAAAAAGACUGUGACCUGGUGGACUUGGAUGAUGUGAGCCUUCCAGUCAGUGAUGUGUAGGAUGGAAGCGUAUGGAGCCUGCCCCCACCCCCAUCUCAGUUCCUUUCAUGAGGCGUCUAGCCAAAGAUGAUAAAGGGUGAAGUGGUUUUUAAUGCAUAUACUGCCUCUUAGAUGUACUCUUUAUAAGCUGGUAAACCAAGAAUCUAGGGAGUGGCCAAACUGAAUAUAAUUUCGUUAAAAAAAAGAAAAAGGAAAAACCUAAGUGUCUCAGUAUCAUCUGUCUGAAGCUUUGUGUGUUCUUAUUUGGGUGGUAAAGAUGUGUGUGAUAUUUUUUUCCUAGUGACUUUGAUAGUUUAAAUGUUUAACAACUUAAAACGUUAAAAAUGCUUAUUAAUUAUUUUGGUCAUUUAAAAAAUGCUACUAGGACUUCCUAUUAAAUGUUUAAUAUUUACACAUUCUUAUUGGUUAAUAUUAUCAAAUGAAAUAUUGCCAGACUAAGAUACCUAAAAUCAUGAUGUCUGUGGUGCUGUAAAAUGUAUACUACAAUGUGGACUGUUUUGAAAUCAAAAUCAUUUUUGAUGUUCUGGGUCUCAAGAUGAGUGGUAAAUUUUGCACAGAGGUUAUUAUUAGAUCAUUGGUGAGGGUUAUGGGUUGUACUGCGGUAGAGAAAAGGGGAAAAUUAGAAUUCAAACAACUGCAUCUUAGACAUUUGUUUGAAAAACCUUAAUCAAGACUUGCAGCAGUCAGUGCUUUAUUUAGUGAAAAUUAUUUGGUAGGAAAUUUGGGAGAUCUGAUUUUUUUUAUCCAAGUUUUGUAAGUAGUUCUUAUUGCUAUAUUUGGAUCAGUGAAAGACCUCAAGUUUAUAUGUAAGGACAUAAUGGCCCUUAGUCAUGAAAUUGUUGUGGCCUCUGCUCUGUCAUUAAUAACCUAUAUUCAAGUGCCUGUGUUUUUUCAUCUUGUUUAGGAAUAUUUUGAAAUUAAUGUGCCCAAAAGUCCUACAUGAUUGGUUUUAAACAUUGGGAUAAAAUUAAUUUUCAGUAGCAUAGUUUAAUGUGUUAAAUAAGGUAGCAUUUUGUGUUAGAGAUACCAGAAUGCUGGUAUUCUACUACCUGUGCAAUAUAUAUGUUUUAAAAAACAAAUUUGAGUAUACAUUUAAUCAGUAGGAUACCAUAAAUAUAAGCACCUCUCUAAAGAAUCCUUAGUUUCAGGUGUUGAAUUAAAGACUGGUUUUUUGGGCAAGUACCAUUUUUGUGGUUCAAUCUUAAACAUUUGCUUUAAGAAAAUGGUCUUGAAUUUUACAUGCUGCUAUUUUUAUAUUUUGCCAUUUUACAGUACUCUUGUUUUGAAUUCAUACGUAUCACUGUUUCUCCCUUUCAUUUUCUAAGAUGACUUUUUGUCUGAGAGAAAGAGAGAGGGAAAUUACUGACUGCAGUGGUGGGGUCCAGAGGUUAGGAUGAUAUAAUAUACUAGAAUUACACAGUAUCAGUUUAAAACUCCAUAUGCAUAAAGAACGCACCACUCAACGUUUUCUGUUCAUAAGCUAAUAUAUUUAAAAAGUUAUGUUUAGAUUUUUUUCUCUUGCAGCUACAUUUGAAAAUGAUAGAAUGAAGAGGGUUUAACUAGUUAUUUUUUCUGCUGAUAUACAUUAUAAUGGCUCUUUUGAAAGUUACUUUUCUAUGAACACACCUAAGAAACCUUGUAUAGACACUUUGCAAUAUUCAAAAGCCUAAUGCUGUUUUCUUUGGUACAGCUUCCACAUUGCAUGUCCAGUCCAUUUUAGCAUAUUUUGGUAUUGGCAAUUUGAUAUAUUUCAUGGUGGCAAAUUAUUAGCUCUAUUUUGGGACUUUUUAUAGAACUACCCUUAUUAAAUAGCAUAGGAAAAUGUUCUUGUGAUUUUCAGGGUCUCCUAAUAUUUAUCUCAAUUCUUUUAUAAGUCAAUGGAAAUUAUUUAAUUAUUUUAAAACUUACACUUUUCUUGUAAAUAUGUCACAUCUGAAUCGUCAAAAAAUUACUUUGAAUACCUUAAUAUUUGCUGCAUUUUGUUUUUUGUAUAUAAUAUCAUGUCUUCUUUCAGGAUGGGAAUAUGCGUAUCUCCCAAUGUUUACUGUUACGUCUGUUAUCUUUAUAUGUCAUAUUGGUUGAACACUGUAAUGACUUGAGAAUAAAUUACUCAAAAUUCAUUCUAA